AUGAUUCCUGUCACUGCUUUCUCCAAACCGACGCACUACCUCCACGUGGUUCUCCUGGAUUGUCGCUCGACAGCCGUUGAGUGGCAAACUAAAGCGCGCGACGAGAGUCCAAACUCUACAAACUAUGUUUUGGCGCUGAUAUGCGCACAUGCCCCAACGGAGGAAAAGGACGAUGCCACUAAGGACGCUUUCUAUGCGGAGCUCGACCGAGCUUAUGGCCGCUGUCCUUCCCAUGACAUUAAAAUUCUCCUCGGGGAUUUUAAUGCCAAGGUAGGACGAGAAGACAUCUUUGGUGCCACCGUCGGGCGAUUUAGUCUACAUGAGACCACCUCGAGCAAUGGUCUCAGAUUAAUAGGCUUUGCAGCUGCGCAUAAUAUGGUAGUUCGUAGUACCGGAUUCCGUCAUUUGGACAUCCAUAAGGCAUCUUGGCUCUCUCCCGAUCGACUGACCAGAAAUCAGAUCGAUCAUGUUGUGAUCGAUGCAAGGCACGCAUCUAACAUACUCGACGUACGAUCCUGUCGGGGUCCCAACAUCGACUCCGACCAUUAUCUUGUUGCAGCUAAGAUUCGCACACGGCUAUGUGUGGCGAAGAUUGCACGUCGAAAUGCGUUAAGAAGGCUGGACAUCGGAAAGCUGCAAUCACAACAGGCGAAGAAUGCAUUCUCCACUCACGUCUCGGGGCUAUUAAGCCGAGCACCUUCAAUACCUCAAGACAUAAGCGAUAUGUGGGCGCUCAUAUCUCACUCCCUGCGAGCUUCGGCAAAAGAGGUGCUUGGAUUCCAGCGUCCUCUAACAAGGAAUCCAUGGUACGAUCAGGAGUGUCGUGACGCAACAGCUGCAAAGGACGCCGCCUACAGAAGAACACUGCAGGCUGGGGCGACACGAGCUAUUGUGGACGUCUACAGGUUGAGAAGAAGAUACGAAAAACGCCUUUUCAGACGCAAGAAGAAAGAGCAGGAAAGGCGAGAGUGUGAGAGCAUAGAGAGCAGCAGAUGCAGAAAUGAAGCACGUAACUUCUACCAGAGGGUGAAGCGUCUGACCCAAGGAUUUAAGUCUGGUGCAGUGGCGUGCAGGGACGAUGAUGGAAACCUUGUCACAGAAGCAGAGGUCGUGCUGAGUCAUAUCGAAGUCAAGGAUGCAAUCCAACGGCUUAAGAACAACAAGUCUGCAGGUGCUGACGGCCUGCCGGCAGAACUGUUUAAGGCAGCUGGUGAUAUGUUGGUAGGGAUAUGGCUCACGGAGAGCAUGCCCGAAGAUUGGAAUCUCAGCAUGAUCUGUCCCAUCCUGAAGAAGGGUGAAGCCACGGUGCGCACCAACUACCGCGGAAUUAGUCUUCUUCCAGUUGCGUACAAGGUCGUAACGAGCGUAUUGUGUGAAAGACUGAAACCCCAUGCUGAAGCACUGAUUGGACCUUAUCAGUGUGGGUUCAGGUCUGGCAAGUCCACUGUUGACCAGAUUUUCACCUUGCGCCAAAUCCUGGAGAAGUCUUACGAAAACCAGAUCGACACGUACCAUCUCUUCGUCGACUACAAAGCUGCAUUUGAUAGCCCCGGCGAGAUCGCCUAUAUGCCGCCAUGUCUGAGCUUGGUAUACCAGCAAAGCUGA